AGUGAGCAGAAGGCUGAAGUCAUCAAGGGAGUGAAUGGGUCCUGCACGCAAAGCAGAAACGCGCUGAAACUGCGGAGAUUUACUUUGGUUCACACACGGUGAAGCAGCAGCAGGAGGAGGUGUCGGCUUUACAAGAACUGCGAAACUCUCUGCUGGGAGAUCAGUUUUAAUGACUCCUCAUACUGAUUGAGAUUGAUUUAAAUUUUUUUGUCUGAGUUUUUUUGUUUGUCUGUUUUACUUUAUUUAUUUUUCUUGCGCCUGUGAGUGCUCCAGGUGAUGCUGAGCUGAAUAAGCGCGCCUGACGCAGUAAACGUAGCCACACACUCAGGGACGCACGGCGCAUCUCUCCACCAGAUGAGAGGAGAGGGUUCCCUACUUUUGAGUUCGGACGAAUGGAUUUAACUUUUCAGGCUUCUUCGGUGUUCCACUAAAGCCUUCCUAGCAUAUCUAUUCACCUCUUUUUUCAUGUUUUUUUUUUUUUUUAAACUCACAUGCUGAUGUUUAAUUCUGUUUCUGCGUAUAUGCGCAACAAAUGAAAUUGGAGUUUGCUCCUUUUAGCGCGUUUUCUUUCUCUCUUUUCGUUUUUUAAAGGAAAUGUUUCCCAUCUCUGAACGGAUAACGGACCUCUAACGAGGACUUGUUUUCUCGGCACAUAUGUGGACCCUAUCCAGGAUGUUACAGUCUAAACGGCCCAGGCAUCAUUGGGCCAGGGUACGCUACAGCCACCACAUAACACCCCACAACUUGGCUGUGUCCUGCUGCGUUUAGGAGUUUUCCGAGCGUCAACCUCUUUAGGCGGAGGAAAACAUUUACACAACAAAUAAAAGAAGAAGAAACGCCAACUUGUUUUGGUGAACAUUGACAUUGGCUUUAGGAGUCUCACCUCUGGGCUACUAUGCAAUUACAACUGAUCUCCUUUGUUCUGAUAAUCUGGAACUGCAUGGAUUACUCUGGUUGUCAGCCGCACAGCACCUCCAGGCACCGGCAGCACAAAGUAAUGACUGGUGGCAGCUCGGGGUGCCAGCAGAGUGGCUGCCUGACCUGCUCGGACUACAAUGGCUGUCUGUCCUGCAAGCCUCGUCUCUUCAUGCAUUUGGAGAGGAUCGGGAUGAAACAGAUCGGGGUGUGCAUGACUUCCUGUCCUGCUGGCUUUUACGGCACCCGGUCCCCUGAGAGAAACACGUGUACGAAGUGCAAGUCAGAGUGUGACUCGUGCUUUAACAAGAACUUCUGCACGCGCUGCCGAAUGGGGUUUUACCUUCACCUGGGCAAGUGCCUGGACAGCUGCCCUGUAGGCAUGGUCCACAGUGACGCACAGAGGGAGUGCGUUCUCAGAUGUUCUGCGGAGUGUGAAUCGUGUGUGAACAGUGACACAUGCAACCGGUGCCGGCCUGGCCUUUAUCAGCUGAAUGGAAGGUGCCACCAUAUCUGUCCUGAUGACUAUGAGCCCAAUGACAAACUAAUGGAGUGCACACCACAAGUGCACUGUGAGGUGGGCGAGUGGAGUGAGUGGAGCCCCUGCUCUCGGUCGGGCAGAACCUGCGGCUUCAGACGGGGCCAGGAGACCCGCACAAGGCAGGUCCUGCAGUAUCCAUCUCCGUUUGGCAAUCCCUGCCCAGAGAUCUCUGAGGUCAAAGAGUGUCUGGUCAAGAAAAAGAGAUGUCCAGGAACACGGAGGAAGUCCGACCGAAAAGAGAGGAGGAAUCGCAACAACCGUAAGGACAAGGAGAGCCAGGAGGGACGGAGGGAGAGGAAGCGGGAGCGGGACAGGGAUGCGGGUGAACGGGAAGACUCUGAUAACAGGAACAAAACGGAGACCCGACACCGGAGAGGCCACGACUCACAGACAAUCUCUCCUGAAGACGGCCUCGUGCAAUAAAGCUGGGGACAGAGGACGACCGACCCCAACCCCUCUGGUUGUCUCCCCUUCCUUCCUGCUCCAUGACAUCCCAACCCUUCCUUCCCCCUGCCCCCACCCACUAUCUCUCCCCUUUUUGACCCCGCCUUACAGGGGUGUUGCUGCUACUUGUAUGGUUUCAACAGACCUUAUUACAUCAGCGUUAUUCAUGGACUGUAAUAAGCCCUUUUGAUCUCAAAAACUGCAUCACCGUUCAAAGUGUCUCACGUGAAAGCUUUACGGAGACACUGCUGUCUGGAAACUGGGAACACUCUGCGACUGCAGAGGACUGUCAGACAAACUGACUAAGAUGGAGACAUAUGUGCUUGUUCAUACGGUUAUUUAAUGGAGCUUUGGUACAACGAUGUGUAUCUUUGGUUCCAAAUGUAGAUUGAUUUUACAGCGUCACAGUGCUUUGCAAAAGCAUUUACAUCCACUGAACUUUUUUUUUUUUAUUAUUGCUUUACAGCCAUAAACUUCAAUGUAUUUUACAGAGAUUUUAUGUACCAGAACAACAGAAAGUGGUUCAAAUUGUGAAAUGAAAAGAAAAUCUAUAAUUUUAUCUUUUUUCUACAAAUAAAAAUUUGAAUAGUGCGACUUGCAUUCAACCCCUUUAAUCUAAUAUGUGUGACAUCAGUCGCAUAUAUUAGAAAUCAGUCACAUAUUUGUGACUGAUGUGACACAUCAGUCUCCAAUUGUUGCUUUGUCCAUAAGCAACAAUACAUUUCUUUGGACAAGAUAUUGUCCAAAACAAUGUAUUACUUUCAGAUGUCACCUGAUUUGUAAAUAAACUCAAGGUUUUCAUAACUUAAUCUGAUUAUAACACAGGAAUAGGUUAUAAUAAAGUUUGUUAGAGAACAUUAGUGAACAAAGAGCACAGCAAGCAGGUCAGGAAUAAAGUCGUAGAGGCUUUUAAAGGAGUGUUAGGUUACAAAAACAGUAAACCAAGCUUUAAAAAUCACAUGACAUGCUGUUUAGUUUGCCAUCAUAAAAUUAGAAGUAUAGCACCACUGCAAAUCUACCAAGAUAUGGGUGUCCAUGUUAACUGAUAGGACACCCAUAUCUUGGGUGUCCUAUCAGAAAAGGAGAACAUAAAUCUAAGACGCAGUCAAGAGGACAAAGGUAAAUCCAAAAAUGUAUCUUAAUGGAUGAGUGUCAAGAAGAAAACACUUGUUGAAGCAAAGCAAUGAGGAGUCCUGUUUACCACAAACCUUUAGCCAUGUUAGGUACAGAACACAUCUGUGGUAAAAGGUGCUCUGGUUGGAUGUGACCAAAGUUAAACAUUUUUAGCACAUUACCUUUUACUUCACAACUAUUCACCACUUGUUGGGCUGUCCCUUAAAAUCCAAAUGAAAUAUCUGGACGUUUGUGCUGGUGACUCGGCAAAAUGUAAAAAAAAAAGUUCAAAGUGCGUAAAUACUUCUGCAAGAGACUGUGUGUAGAACAGUUUAUUAUUAUUGUUGUACUUGUUGUGUAGAUCUAUCUGGUGCAAAUUUUGUAAAGAACAAAAAUAUGAGUAUUAGCUCUUGCCAGCUUCAUACUGACACAUGUAGGGAAAGCUGAGUGCCGUGUCCAAAACUGAAAUAUGUACAUCUGGGAUGAAAACAAAGUUUAUCCAAAGAAGUGCUAAAGCUUCUGGAGCACUUUUUUUUUUCUCCCCUCCUUUUGUGUAAAUAGAUUCUGUGCUCCAAAUAAAGCUCAUCAACCAGAACAAAAAAAACAAACUGUAUGUAAAAUAAAGCUGUAAUGGUUUCUAUUUGUGCGUGUUGUUUGUCCAGCUCCAUAAACCCUGAUUAGUUCUUAGCUGAUUAGCAACAAUGUUAAUCACCUAAGAACUGCUGGGACAGUCCAGAGUUAGCUUGUUGAGAAACUGGAAACAAACAUGGUUCUGUGUUAUCUAGCGGUGUCAUAAAGUGGUUGAUAGCCUGCCAUGUUUAAUAAUCAACUAGUGUAAAUUCCAAGAAAUAAUUUAUGAUUAGUCAUUGUAAAUUUCAGCAGCUUUAGAUAUUAAAAGUUAAAUGUGUAAAUUGUUGAUUCAUUGAGUGGUUGAGCAAAAGAGAGUGAGCACAUAUCAUAAAACUGUGGCUCCUAAAGCUGUUCAGUUUCUGAUUUGUGACCAUGACCUCUGGUUGAGAAUUUGUUUCCACUAUGGUGGAGUGAAAUAAUGUAAAAAUAUGAUACAUUUGCCAGAUCUUUUUUUAGGUACUGUUUGUAUACGUCUUCAUGUGAUCAAUGCAGAUGUGAUUUAUAAUUAUUUAGCUGAAUUUCCAAAAAACUCUAGUUCAUAUCUUGCUGAUUUGGGACCCCAGUUUUGGCUACCACCCUCAGUGCUGGAUUUAAAAGAAAAUGAGCCCAGUUUUUGGUACCCCAUCUAUACCAGUCUAUGUAUGCAACAGAUUGAAAGGUACACAUUGACUUAGUGGUUUUCAUGCCUUUUAUAACAGUAAACCUUCUCGUGAAUUCAUCUUUGUUUUUGUACUUUCUUAAAAUGUCUUCAUAACCUGGCAUGCUGCAGGGCAUAGCAGAUAUCCCAUAAAAGUAGGCUAUUAGAUGUUCUGACUUUGGGACGUUUUCUCCUUUUCUUCUCUGUUAAUACUUUGAAAAAAGACCACAAAAACAAAACUUAACUGUUAAAGGAAUUAUUUCUAGAACCCAUAAAAAUAAAAAAUGCAAAAUGUUACAGUAGCCACCCCAGGCCUGUGUGUGGCGACAAAGCGCAGUCACUGACGCACAUUAGGUUUGUGACAACAUUCUCGAAUCAUUUCAAAUGUUUUAAUUCACUCAUGAUCAGAUUAUGUACAUAAAAAUCUCAGUGUUUUGAGCUUUUCAACCGUGUAUAACACCUCUUUAGCAACACAUUAGUUCUAUGAAUACAUGUAUUUUGGGUCCCCAGGUUUCUGCCCCUGGUAAGUCCUUGCUAUAGUCCGGCCCUGCGUAAAUUCCUUCUCACUUUUUUAAACCAUUAUUAUGCAAGAAAGAUAAAGGAAAGGAAGCAUUUUAAAGCUAAUCUGUUUAUUGGUGGAGUGAAUAUUUUGCUCUUCAGUAAUAACAACCGUUUUUGCAUCAGUAGACAUAUGACAGCGUUCCCUCCUUCCUCACAGCAGAAAAGUCUAUGCAAAUACAGACUGCACUUAAAUUAGCAACA